AUGCAGGGCGCAUCUUGCACUGGUGCUGGCGUCCUUCAGGAAAAGAACCAGUUGCUUGGCGACACCCUGAACGCCCGAACCUUCGCCAUGGCGGAGUACUGGGACCUGCCCAUAAUGACCAUCUGCAGCACCUGCCAGGGUGUGAUGAGCCAAGCCAACUUCAGGCUGCGGGACCCUGAGUACCGCGCCAAGGUCAACAGCUACCUGGCUGAAGAGGGACUGGAGUACAAGGGCACCGCCAAUCCCAAGCACCUGCUCUGGAUCCUGAUCGAGGACUACGGCCUCGACAAGCUUGAGGAGCUGGUUACCCGUCCGCUCCACGGCGUACGCUUGGCGCCGUUUUACGGCUGCUACCUGGUGCGCCCCACCGAUGCCCUGCAGUUUGCCGACAACCCCGAGCGGGAGAACUCCCUGGAGCGGCUGAUCGAGAUUCUGGGAGCGACGGUGGUGGACUUCUCUGGCAAGACACGCUGUUGCGGCUUCCCCAUCCUGACCAUCAACGAGCGGAACUCCCUGGCGAUGGUCGGCAAGCACACCAGCGAGGCCAAGGAUCUCGGCGCCGAUGCCAUGAUCACACCCUGCCCACUGUGCCACCUGAACCUGGACAGCUUCCAGCCCAAGGCCGCCGCCCAGGCCGGACGCGACAUCGGGCUGCCCAUCCUGCACAUGCCGCAGGCCAUCGGCUUGGCCAUGGGCAUCAGCCCCCAGGAACUGGGUCUGCGACGCCACAUCGUGAACACCCGGCCGCUGAUCACCCAACUGAGCGCGGGAGCGGCCCACGCUGCCCAUUAG